UUGGGAGAGUGAGGGAGGGACCUGGUGUGUGGCUGGGAGCUGUGGGCAGUGCAGAGACCGCGGGCAUGCUGUGUGGGCUCAGCCGGGACAGCCCUGCAGAGGCAGAUGAUGGGCCUUACUCAAAAGGAGGGAAGGACGCACUGGGGCCUGAUGGGGCCCUGGUGUGCCGCCGCCAGAGCAUUCCAGAGGAGUUCCGGGGCAUCACAAUGGUGGAGCUGAUCAAGCGUGAGGGCAGCACUCUGGGCCUGACUAUCUCAGGAGGAACUGACAAGGAUGGGAAGCCCAGGGUCUCCAAUCUGAGACCUGGGGGCCUAGCAGCCAGAAGUGAUCUGCUGAAUGUAGGCGACUACAUCCGCUCAGUGAACGGGAUCCAUCUGACCCGGCUCCGACACGAUGAGAUCAUCACACUGCUGAAGAACGUGGGCGAGCGCGUGGUGCUGGAGGUGGAGUAUGAGCUGCCCCCGCCCGCUCCCGAAAACAACCCGAGAAUCAUUUCUAAGACAGUGGAUGUCUCCCUCUACAAGGAAGGCAAUAGCUUUGGAUUUGUUCUCAGAGGAGGUGCCCAUGAGGACCUGCACAAAUCCCGCCCAUUGGUCCUGACUUACGUGCGACCUGGUGGCCCAGCAGACAGGGAGGGCUCCUUGAAGGUGGGUGACAGACUGCUCAGCGUAGAUGGGAUACCACUGCAUGGGGCCAGCCACGCUACAGCAAUAGCCACCCUGCGACAGUGCAGCCAUGAGGCCCUUUUCCAGGUGGAGUACGAUGUGGCCACCCCAGACCCCGUGGCCAAUGCUUCAGGUCCAUUGGUGGUGGAAAUAGCCAAGACCCCAGGAUCUGCCCUGGGAAUCUCUCUCACCACUGGCUCUCACCGGAACAAGCCAGCUAUUACCAUCGACCGCAUCAAGCCAGCCAGCGUGGUGGACAGGAGUGGUGCCCUGCAUGCUGGAGAUCACAUCCUGGCCAUCAAUGGCACCAGCACAGAACACUGCUCACUGGUGGAGGCCACCAAGCUCCUGGCCAGUGUGACUGAGAAAGUACGGCUGGAGAUCUUGCCUGCACCCCAAAGCUGUCGGCCCCUGAAGCCCCCAGAGGCAGUGAGAGUACAGAGGAGUGAGCAGCUGCACCGCUGGGACCCAUGUGUCCCCUCUUGCCACAGCCCGAGGCCAAGCCACUGCAGGGCCCCCACCUGGGCACCUGGAGGCCAGGACCAGAGUCGAUCCUUGUCCUCAACUCCCUUCUCCUCACCAACCGUGAACCCCGCCUUUCCCUGUGCCAACGCCAGCACCCUGCCCCGAGGACCCAUGAGCCCCAGGACAACAGCAGGGCGGAGGAGGCAGCGAAGGAAAGAACACAGGAGCUCUUUGUCACUGGCCUCCAGCACGGUAGGGCCAGGUGGGCAGAUUGUUCAUACGGAGAUCACGGAAGUUGUGCUCUGUGGAGAGCCCCUCAGUGGCUUCGGCCUCCAGCUCCAGGGAGGCAUCUUUGCCACCGAGACCCUGUCUUCUCCACCACUGGUGCGCUUUAUUGAACCUGACAGCCCUGCUGAGAGGUGUGGUCUGCUGCAGGUAGGGGACCGUGUCCUAGCCAUCAAUGGCAUUGCCACUGAGGACGGAACUAUGGAAGAAGCCAACCAACUGUUGCGGGAUGCAGCACUGGCCCGCAGAGUUGUUUUGGAGAUCGAGUUUGAUGUGGCAGAAUCUGUCAUCCCAAGCAGUGGGACCUUCCACGUGAAGUUACCCAAGAGGCGUGGCGUGGAGCUGGGCAUUACCAUCAGCUGUGAGUCCUCUUGUCACCUUAGUGGUUUACCUCACCACAUCUCCACAAUGGGCUGCAGCCUGAUUUAUAGAAGGGAAACUGGGGCACACAGAGGUGAGAUGAUUUGUGCACAGCCACCCUGCCAGGAAGUAAUGGGAUCAGGAGUCAACCGUAUCUUCUCACAACCCCACCUUAAACAGGGGCCCUUCGAGAUUAAAUUCACAGCCUGUCUCCCCUGCUCCACAGCAGCCAGCAGAAAGCGAGGAGAACCCCUGAUCAUCUCUGACAUCAAGAAGGGCAGCGUUGCACACAGGACUGGCACCCUCGAGCCAGGCGACAAGCUGCUGGCCAUUGACAAUAUCCGCCUGGACCACUGUCCCAUGGAGGACGCUGUGCAGAUCCUACGCCAGUGCGAGGACGUGGUCAAGCUGAAGAUCCGGAAAGAUGAGGACAACUCAGAUGAACAGGAGAACACAGGCGCUGUGAGCUACACGGUGGAGCUGAAGCGCUAUGGUGGACCCCUGGGCAUUACCAUCUCCGGCACUGAGGAACCCUUUGACCCCAUCAUCAUCUCUGGCCUCACAAAGCGUGGCCUGGCUGAAAGAACUGGUGCCAUUCACGUGGGGGACCGCAUCCUGGCCAUCAACAGUGUGAGCCUCAAGGGCCGGCCCCUGAGCGAGGCCAUCCACCUUCUGCAGGUGGCAGGGGAGACUGUUACACUGAAGAUCAAGAAGCAACUAGACCGUCCCUUCCUCCCCCGCCAGUCAGGCAGCCUCAGUGAAGCCAGUGAUGUGGACGAGGACCCUCCAGAGGCCCUCAAGGGAGGCUUGCUGACAGCCCGAGUCUCACCUGCUGUACCCAGUGUGGACAGUGCUGUGGAGUCCUGGGGCAGCUCGGCCACAGAGGGUGGCUUUGGGGGCCCAGGCUCCUACACUCCACAGAUGGCAGUUCGGAGUGUGACUCCCCAGGAGUGGCGUCCCAGCAGACCAAAGAGCAGCCCCCCACCCAUUGAGCCCCGGAGGACAAGCUACACACCUGGCCCUGCUGAUGAGAGCUUCCCGGAGGAGGAGGAGGGGGACUGGGAUCCACCGAUGAGCCCAGCCCCUGGCCCCGCCCGAGAGGAGGGCUUCUGGAGAGUGUUUGGAGAGGCCCUUGAAGACCUGGAGUCCUGUGGUCAGUCAGAACUACUAAGGGAGCUGGAGGCUUCCAUCAUGACAGGCACUGUACAGACUGUGGCUGUGGAUGGCAGACCUGGCCUUCGGCCCUGGCGCAGGAGCCGGGAGGUCCGAACAUCCCAUGAAGACAUACAGGAGCUGCUGUUGCCAACGCCCCUGGAGAUGCACAGGGUGACUUUGCACAAGGACCCACUGCGGAAUGACUUUGGCUUCAGUGUCUCAGAUGGCCUCCUGGAGAAGGGUGUCUACGUCCACACUGUGCGCACUGAUGGGCCAGCCCAGCAUGGAGGUCUGCAGCCCUUUGAUAGGCUUCUGCAGGUCAACCAUGUUCGCACUCGGGACUUCGACUGCUGCCUGGCGGUUCCUCUCCUGGCAGAGGCUGGGGACAUCCUGGAGCUGGUCAUAAGCCGUAACCCACUGGCACAGAGCCGCCGGACACCACGAGUACCAGGCCCCAGAAGUCCUCAGAUGCUCUGAGGUCAUCCUGUAUCUCAGAUGGAG